AUGUUAUAAUUUGUUCCUCAAUAUUAUGUGGAGAUCUUGAAGUAAGAUCUUCUGACCAACCAACCCAAAAUUCAUGAAGCCAUUGAACAACAGCAAUUGGAUUAGGCAUUGAAAUUGUUGAAUCAACAGCAGUCUCCAUCUAUUUGGAUUAGCUCUAUCUACCUCAUUUUGUACAAACACGACUUAGAACAGAAUUCAGUCAAUCGAUUUGUCAAAGUAAUUGAAGACUCUAACUUAUCGGAGAUGUCUGAACACGAAUUAUUAGCAUUCACAUAAAUAUGCCAACAAAUCAUGAAUAUUGAAUUGAUCAAACUCUUGCAUAAAUAUAACCUAAGUGGCUGGAUCCAACUAUCUCAUAAAAUACAUCUACAUCUGAGAAAAUCUAUCCAUCCAAAAGUGCCCUCCAUAUUUAUUAAUUACUUUAUUAAUCAAAAUAUAGAAUUACUAGAAUAACAUGAAAAAUCGUAUGAUGAAGAUCUAGUUUGGACUUUGCAUGAUUUUAGAACCUUUUACUAAAUGAUGCCAACAGACAUCGAUCAUCCUUAUUAUAAACUUCUCAAAAUAUCAAUCUAUGUCAGAAUGCUGGAUUUAGAAAAAGUGCCUUGUCCAAUCUCACCUCAAACCAUACCCAUUCAGUAUCCAUCCAAAUUAGAAAACAUACUCAAAUAAGUCAUACCCACUCCGCAUAAAGAAUGUUUGGAUCUAUAUGUCUUUUGUCUCAUCGAUGUAGGUCUAUUUAAAAUGGUAAUUUAACAUUUACGAAAUUAAUUGGCUCCUGAAUAAAUCUAUUAAAUUAGAACUUCGUUCAUUAAACAUGCUAUCCAAAAUAACUACUCUGUAGAUGUGGAAAUCUAUUAAUAUUUGGAAGAAUUGGAGAAAUUCGAUGAAGAAUUCAAGUAACUUAUCUAUUUCAACAAUUCUCUUAUUUAUGAAAAAAUGAGCACUUUUAAUGAGAUUUGGAUUUUAAAUGGACUUAUUCAUAAUUUUAACAACAUCCAAAGCCAACAAAGAAUAAUCAAAUAAUUAGCUCUUGAUAAUACUCAAUAAUCUUUAAAGGCUCUUUGGAUUUUACAUUUAGAUGGAGCCAAUUCUGAUUUGAAUACAGACCAUCAAAAACAUUUUAAAAUCAAGAAUUUUAAAUUUCUUAACAUAUUCCACCUUAUCAAAUUCAAAAAUGAUUCAGAUUUUCAACACUUAAUUGAAGCCUUAAAAGUUAUUGCAAUCUGCAUUUGGACAGACAGAGAUGUCAAAUAAGAAGACUUUGAAUCCAAACUCUUCCUUGUUUCAGCUAGAAAAUGCAUAACUGUUCAAAAUUGCUCAUAAAUUUUCCAAUUACUUUUUGGAAUCUCAAGUGGAGUCUUCGAAAACCAAUAUGAAACUCAUUAUCUUAAAAUACAAAUCCCAUACUUCCUAGAACUCAUCAUAAUCUUGUUAUUUGAGCAGAAUAUUGAUCUCAAUCUAAAAGAGUUUUACUUAAAUUAAUUCAUCAUCUUAACACAAAAUUUAGAAAAUGUCCUAAUAAUUUUGAAAGGCUAAAUCAUAGAGAGGUUGAUAGUGUAUUUAAGAAUUGAAAAUCAAUUCCAAGAAAAGAUAAUCCAAAUAUUAAUCAAUUGCAUUAAAGUAAGAUUCUAACUUCAGUAUUUAUAAUCAAUUGCAUUAUUCAUGUCACCCUAUUAAUCACUAAUCAUGGUGCCAUAUUUCGAUGAUUAAUAGAAAUAUGAAUCGUAUAAAAAAAUAUCUAAAAUGUUGGGAAUUCCAAAAUAGGCCAUAGAGAGUGGAUCCUUAGAGCAACAGGAGCAAUUUUAUCAAUCAAUAAACAAUAAAGACUUAUUUAUCAAAAAUUCAAUACAAUUACUUUAUUGUCUGAAAGAGAUCGUUUCAAUUUAAAAUGAUCAGUACUACUAUUUCACAGGGCAUGAGAGUGGGAUUGUAGUCAGAGGUAAAAUAUAACUUGAAACUCAAAACAAUUCCUUUUCCAUCAUUCUUCAAUUCAAAUUUCAGAUAGCAUCUGCCACACUCUUAAAUUGGGGCAAUCAAGAUGUCAGUUUUUCUAUAUCUAUUGAGGAUUCAUAAUUUUUGAUCAUCAAAUUCAGGUAUUAAUCAACAACCAAAGUAGCAAAAUAUGUAUUAAAAUAUCUUGAUAACUUCAUUGUUAUCAAUUUCUAAACAUCAAAAUAGUUCUUUGUUAAUAUUAAUGGAAUUGACGUAUUAGCAACAUAAUCAGAUCAAUUUGAUAAUUUUAUUUUACCAGUCCUAAACUUUAUUUCUGUUGGAGCCAAAUUCUCAGAUUAAGAAUAAUUUUAGAAUUCUUUUAGAGGAGAAAUGAGAAUGCUCUACAUAAUUGAUUCAAAUAUUAAUGCUGAGGACAUUUAUAUAUUGGAGAAGAAAUCCUAAAACAAUUCUAGGCUAUUUCAACAACUCUUAAAAAUGUAAUUAUAGGGCAGAAUUCUAUGUUAUUUGAGUACUCAAUCAUAAAAAUAAGAUCUUCAAUAUGAUGGUAAUCUUCAUUAAAGAAAUUAAAUAAUAUUGGAAAAUUGCUAAUAUUUGAUAAUACGAGGCAAAAGGUAAAAGUAGAACACAAUAUCUAAAUUUAUGGAUAAGUUUUUUUAACAAAGGAAGAGUUCGGCCUCUCUUGAAGUCACAAGUCUAAUUCCUAAAAAUGUAAAUUAAAAUUCAAAGAAUGUCUUCUUUUUAGAGAAUACUACAUUAUUAGAUGUAAUGAAAUCUUAUGGCAAUUUAGAUAUAUUGUUUUUCCCUUUGCAAUUCGUUAACGAUCAGUAAUUUGUUAUUGCUGUAUUGUAACUUUUGAAUACUGUAAUCUAAAAAUUUGGAGAUGAUAUUUCAAUCUAAAACUAUCUACGAUCUGAUUCUGAAUUUAAAGGAAUUAAAGUAUUAGGUUAUCUCUUAACAGUUUUUAUGAAAAAUCAAGGUUGCACAAAGUAAUUGUUGUAGAACAUAUUGAAUUUGUAUCAUUCUCUAUUACACUGCUAAAUUAUACAAGCACUAAGAAAUGAUUGCAUGAGUAUCUACCAUGAAUUUGAAUAUUGGCAGUAUUGUCAAUAUAAUGAAUUGCUUUUUUUAUAUGAUUAUUUAUUUGAAUAAUUACAACACAACGAAGAACUAUACUCAUAUUAUAAAGACAAACUCAACUGCUUAUAUUACAUAUUGCAAGUGUAAUUAAGUAAGUACCAACCAUAAAAGGGAGAGUUCUAGAUAUUUUAAUAAAUAAGAAAGCUAUUGAUAAAAUGCAUUUUGUUUCUCAUGUACAAUUCCUUCUUUUAAAUUUAAUACAACAAUGAUGAUAUAGUUCCAGUUUAAAUGAUAUUUAGGGAGAAGAAAAAUGAAAAAUAUUCAACCGAAAAACUUAUUGUAUUUAAAAAUGAGAUCAUAUUGUUACUCAAUUAUAUUUCACUAAAAUCUGUUUAAGAUUUGGCAGUCAUUCUGUGUUUUAUGGUAAAGAAACCACAGAAUUGUAUAAUCCAAGAAUUACUAUCCGAAAUGAAAUGUGGUAGCUCAUCUGCAUAAAAAGAGUUUAAUAUAGAUACAAUACAAACUUAGUUCAUAUAAAAAAAUGAAAGUGAAGAUACCCUAUUAGUUCUAAUAUUCAAAAUUAUAUAUGGAGUAAUUAUUGAAAUGAUCGAUCAAAAGAGUAUUAAUGAUCAUUUCCUUGCACCCUUGAUUGAAAUUCUAAUUAAAGUCUAAAUUCUUCAAAUUAACUACGAACACAAACUACUUGAAUUACAAUAGCCGAAAAAUGUACAAUAGCUCAAGAAAGCAAAGGAAUGCACUUUGAUUAAAUCUCUAUUCAAUAAGAUCAUAUAUAUUCUAUAUGAGCAUAGCAAUGAAAUGAUUUGCAGUCAUAAUACAUAUUAGGUUUUGAUUAAUUUAUCAUAAUUAGUAUUGAAAUAAGAGUUGGGUUUAGAAUCAGAGGUAUUAGAUUUGCUCUUAUAGCACUUUAGAAAGUUCAAUAUUUAGACAAAGGAAUUGAUAAUCGAAUUUCUUAUAUUAACUUCGACUUACACUGUCUUUAUGACCAAACUUUGUGAUCACAAGGAUUUAACAUAUUUCAUAAAUGAACUAAUUGCCAUAGAGAUUGGAUAAGCAUUAAUUAACCGAAUAGUAUUGCAUCACAUAGAAAAUAUUGCAUUUUCGGCUCGCAAAAUUGUUAGACUAUUCUAAAAAGUAGAGCAAAGCAAUAAUUAAUUUAUGAAGGUGCUUUAAAAUAUUCUGAAUUUAUAAAUUGAAAAUCCAAAUUUGAAAUAGAAUUAAAAAAGUGCUUAAGCGAUGAUCGAUUUAUUUAUGUUACUGCCUACUAGUUUAAUAUUGAAUAAGAAUAUCAUAUUGAAUGACCCUGAGUUAUUUAUAAGAGUAUUUGAUCAGUACAUUCUAUACUUGGAGAAAUAAGAAAUUUUAUAUUCAUUUUGUAUGGACACUGAAUUUGUUGGGUUUUAUGAAUAUGUUCCAAUUCCAUUUUUUAUUCAACUAUCAAUUGAAAUAUAGCGAAAAUAUUUAUAUGCAAAUGGUGGGAUUAUGGGAACUGUCUUAUUUAUAUUGUUUUAUUCCUUAGAAUUGCUUAUGUCCAAAAAAGAAGCCAAAUCUCUGCUGAUAAUUUGGAAGAAACUCAUUACUCAGAAAUAAAAGUCUACGAAUCGUCCCUUGUAAUAACAAUCAUUAAUUGUUGAUGAAGUGAUCCCAAAUGUCUAAACAAAGAUUUAAAAGAUUAAGAUCAAGCAAUAGAAGUAGUCAUUGAUAUAAAAGGUUAAGUAAAAUAUUUUUGGUGAUUAUCAAUAAACCUAAUAUGAUAAGUAUUUCUAAGAUAUCCACUUAAUUCACAUAUUAAAGUUUUAAUUGCUAUCACAUUAAUAUUCACAUUCAGAACAGUUGUUUGAGAUCUUUAGUGAAUUACAAUUCAAACCAGAUAAUUUCAUAAAUUUCGCAUGUUUUUGGAACAUUAUAGAAUAGAAAAGAGUUUUGGGAAAUAUGGACAUUUAAUUUCAGAUUGAUCAAUUUAAUUUAAAAGAAAUUACUACUGAUAUCACCAUAGAAGGCAUCAACAAUAAAGCAUAUAUAAUAAUAAAUCAAUUUAAUCAAUAAAAUCAACGUAUCUCAUAAGCCAUCAAAGAGAACCUCAAAAUAGGAAAUGACGCUAAAAAAUUUAUAGACAUGAUAUAAAAGGCGAACACAACACUUAAAUACUUAGAAUUAUUCAAAGAUUCUGACUUAAUUAAAAGAUCACUGACUUAUAUGAAAUUAUAUGCAUAUAGACAAUUGCAAUUUUGUUAAGAGAUUGCCAUUCUUUUGAAUCUGCACUCAAUUUAAAUUUAAAACCAAGAUUAGAUUAACAACCAAGUCAUAUCACUCAAUCAAUAAUGUUAAUAAAAUAACAAUGAAUUCUCAAAGUUAGCCUACAAUUUAUUCAGUUAAUAUAGACAAGAUUCUAAGUAAACAAUUUUAAGGUUUGAAAAUGAAUAGCUUAUCUAAUAACUGAUAAUUUAAUUUAAAGUUAAGUUGCAUUUUAAGUAAAAUACUCAUAAAAGAGGAUUAUGGUACUAUAUGAACUAUGGGGAUGCUCAUCUUUAUGAAAACUUAAAUUAAGUCAAUUAUGAUACAUUUUUGGAGUUGCUAGGAAAGGAAAGAUACUCUAUAAAUAGUUAUGAAGAUAGUCUAAGAAGAAAAAUGUUUUUGAAAGUAUUUGCAAAACAAAAGAAAUAAUAUGAGCAUAUCUAAUUAAUUAAUAAUAUCUAAAUAGUAUUUAAUGAUUUAUUCAACACUCAAUAACAAAUCUAGUAGAACUGUAAAUGUAUGGGAAAUGAAAACCAACAAUUUUUGGCUGAAUUGAUAACCUAAAGAGGAUUUUAUCGAGGGAAGAUAAGGAUAACUAGUGAUUAUUUGAUGUUUGAAAACUUUGGGUUGGAGUCGUAAGAACUGGAAAUUUAAUACAAAUUUUAGAAGGAGAGUCUGUUGAAGGCAGAGAAAUAGAAAUUAAUUCCUUUGUCUUAGAUUAAGGAAGUGUUUACAAGGAUGUAUUUAGCCUAAUCAACUGCAAUUGAAUUAUUUACAAGCAAUAAUAAGACAUACUUCUUCAAUUUAUUAAACAAUCGAUCAAGUGUACUCAAAUUGUUGGGUUAAAGUGUUAAUGUGAUUACGAAUCCUUGUGAAUAGUUUAAGAAGAGUGGAAUCAUGGAGAAAUGGAGGAAAGGAGAGAUCACUAAUUUCCAAUAUUUGAUUGAGAUUAACAAAUAUAGUGGAAGAACUUAUAAUGAUUUAAAUUAAUAUCCAAUAUUCCCAUGGGUGAUAGCCAACUAUGUAGAUUUUGAUAUACAAAACAAGGAGCAUUUCAGAAGAUUAGAUUUGCCAAUAGGAGCAUUGAAUUAGAAGAGAUUGGAGAACUUUUUAGAAAGAUUUAAAGAGGCAGAUCCAGAAGAUAUGAAUAUGUAUUUCAUCUAUGGCACACAUUAUUCCCAUAGUGCAAUUGUAAUGAGUUUGUUGAUGAGGAUGGAACCCUUUGCAUCUUUACAUCAAGAAUUACAAUCUGGUAAAUUUGAUAAGGCCGAUAGAUUGUUCCAUUCUUUAGAAUAGUAAUGGUAUUCUGCACUAAAUUCAAGUAGUGAUGUUAAGGAAUUGAUUCCUGAGUUCUAUUAUUUUGGGGAGUUUCUGAAAAAUAAGAAUAAAUUUGACUUAGGGUAAUUGUAAUCUGGAACAACUGUGGGAGAUGUAACAUUGCCAAGUUAUAUAAAUACGAAAAGUCCAGAAGAACUAAUAUUUUUGAAUAGAUAGGCUCUGGAAUCAGAACUUGUGAGUUCCAGUUUAAAUAAUUGGAUUGAUUUAAUAUUUGGAUACAAGAGUGGGCUGAAUGCGUAGAAAUAUAAUAAUUUAUAUCAUCGUUUGACAUAUAGCAGUUAUGUCUAGUAGUUACUAGAGAAAACAGAGGACGAAGUCAAAAAGGAGCAAUACAUAACUUAGGUGAAUUUUUAUGGUCAAAUACCAUAAUAAUUAUUUAAGAAGGAACACCCUUAGAAAACAUAAUAGAAAUUAUAUGAUUAAGGUCCGAUUAUAUAAUUUAAAUUUAUUACUUAGAUUCUCAGCAGAUCAAGUAAUAUCAUAGAUUAAUUCUUUUGCAAUGAAAAAUAUUUUGUGGUUCUUACGAAUGAAUAGGAAAUCAUAGUUUAUAAUAUGGAACAUAGAAUCAUCAGCCACAAAAUACCAAAAGAUUUUAGUAAUCAAGAAAGUAAACUAAUGCCAUUCAAUUCUAACAAUGUUUUCCUCUUAUUUGAUGAUUCUUUAGUAGUUGCUGGUUAUGUUGAUAAUUCUGUUAAGGUAUACUCACUGAAGGAUCUCAAAUAGACAUACUAAGUCUCUUUUCAUACCAAAGUGGUCACUUGUUUGGGUUAGAGUGCUAAUUAUUUAUUAUGUGGAAGUAUGGACACAAGAGUAUCCGUUUGGGAAUGGACCUUACAGCAUCAGCCUGAAUUCAUUUUAUAUGGACAUCAGAAUGAAGUCUCUAUUAUCUAAGUUGAUUCGAUCUUGGAAAUCAUCUUGAGUUAUGAUGUUAAGGGCGACAUCCUUUUACAUACGAUGAAGGGAGUGUUUCUGAAAUUAAUAGAGACUUCUCUUUAAGAUUGCUCAUCAAUCAGGUUGCAUCCGUCUGGAUUUAUUCUUUUAUCAUCUUUGAACUUGAUAAGUAUUUACACUCUUUAAGGAGAACCUUACAUUUAAAGGGAAUUGCAGGAUCAAAUUAUCAAUGUUAAUGUAAUUAAUGAAUAUUCACCUGAACUUUUGAUAACCACUUUGGAUGGGGGUAUAUUUAUUACUUCAAUUAUUUUAUUGAAAUUAUAUGCUGAUUUUACAGGAUAUUGUUUGAAACAAUAUAAACUAGAUGAAAUGGAAAUGAAAUUGGAAACAAAUUAAAUAAAAAAAGUGAAGGAAAUUAGUGGAAAAUCAGUAGAAUUCAUAAACGCACUCAUUUCUUAUUCAUAAUUUAAUUAAACAUAGGCAUAUCGAGUAUUAAUUAUUGGCUUUUAGAACGGAUAAGUAAUUUCAGUAUACGAAUAACCUAAAUAAACUAGCCUAUUAUGA